UAAGGAAUAUGUGGUGAAACCCUAGCUCAGUGGCAGAAGAUAGAAGAUGGGCAGCGAUAGCGAAACAGAGAAAUCGGCCCAGAAAGAGAGGGAGAAGAAGAAGCUAUUAGCUCUUGCUCCUAUUGCAAAACCUCUAGCCGGUAAAAAGCUCAGCAAGCGCACUUUCAAACUCGUCCGUCGAGCUGCGGAGAACAAGUGCUUGAAGAGAGGUGUAAAGGAGGUAGUCAAAAGCAUUCGUCGAGGCCACAAAGGAUUCUAUGUGAUUGCGGGGAACAUAUCUCCCAUUGAUGUGAUCACCCAUGUUCCUAUCUUAUGCGAAGAAGCUGAGAUCCCGUAUGUUUAUGUUCAGUCAAAAGAAGAUCUUGCAAAUGCAGGAGCUACUAAAAGGCCAACUUGCUGUGUAUUGGUCUUGACCAAGCCCACCAAGGGAGAUAUGAAUCAAGAAGAUCAAGAGAAAUUGAAAGAAGAUUAUGAUCAGGUUGUGUCUGAAGUUCGUGAAUUAGCAUCUUCGAUGUAUUGAAUUUUAUGUUGUGAAAUUCAUCGUACUCAAAGCUGUACUCUACAAUAUUAGUCAGUGAUGGUUAAAAUGAUUAUCUUUUUUCUUUAGUGUAAGAGCCUUUAUCUAUUGACGCCCUACUGUUCAAAAAAAAAAAAAAAGU